AUGAAGCGUCAACCACGCAAGCUGAAGUGGACCAAGACACACCGAGCUCUGCACGGCAAGGAGAUGAUAGUAGACUCCUCGCUGGUCCUCUCACAGUUCGCCAAGAAGCGCAACGCACCCGUGAAAUACGACAGGAACCUGGUGGAAUCAACGAUCAAGGCCAUGAAGAGAGUGGAAGAGAUCCGGCAGCGAAGAGAGAGGGUAUACACGAAGAGACGGCUGGCAGGCAAGAUUGCCAGGGACAGAAAGAGAGCCGAGGACAGAAGAGUUGUGGCGGAGGGCGAGCAUCUUAUCCGCAAGGAACUCAAGGAGAUGGCAGAGGGAGCCAAAAAGCCAGAAGACCUGCUCAACAGAAAAGUCGGCCUGCCUGUUGGAGAGGAGAAGCUGCGUGGGAAGCAGAAGUCCAAGCUCUUGGUCGACGGCGGUGUGGAGGAGGAGAUGGAUCUCGACUAA